AUGGAUACGAUUCUGGUAGAAGAGGACAGCCCACCAAAGCCAAGCACCUCAUACGCUGAUAGGGUCAAAUUAAAGUCAGGCACGUCAGUAAAGACCCGGCCGAAAGAAAAUGGCAGAAAGGAUCCUUUGCCUCCUUUAACACCGGUUAUCGCCAAGAAAGGGAAUCCGAGUGCGGCAAACCGAGAAACCGACAAACUAGUUGAUGGACCCAGGACGAAACCUAAAAAUAUAAAAGUAAAGAAAGCAAACGAGAAGGCUAGGGCAGCCACGGUUGGCCCGUGCAUUGAAAUAAUCGGGGACCAGGAAAAAUGGGCUGACAUAAGGAAGUCUAUUGAACAAAAAGGUAGUUGCCCGAAAGUACGAAUUUCGAAAAAUGAGGCCGGAAUCAUCCUAUUCCCUGAGCAUCCGGACACUCUUAAUGCGCUGCGAAGGACCAGUAAUCUCGCGAAAAGAAAACCCCCUCUCCCGAGACUAAUCAUCUCGGGGGUGGACCGGUUACUCGAAGGGCAUGUUCUGUCCUGGAGUCUCGUUAACCAGAACCGGGAACACCUCGGUUUGUCGACAGAGGACGAAGCAGGCAUAAAGCCUCUGUUCAAAACAGGUCCACGUGACAGAAUUUCUGCAAAUUGGGUUAUCGAAGCACGCCCCGAAACGUUCGCAAAACUAGAAAAUAAAUCAGCAUACCUAGGGUUCUCCAAAUGCCGCAUUAAAUUAUAUAGUAGUAUUCUCCAAUGCUACAACUGCCAAAGGUAUGGCCACACCGCAGCUAGGUGCAGGGCCAAGGAACCUACAUGUAGAAACAGCUCGGUGAGCCACGACUCGAGGAACUGCAGGUCCGAAUCGGUGAGAUGCACGAAUUGUAAAAACAGGGGUCAUAAGUCUUCCUCGAUGAAAUGUCCUGCCAAAUCAGGGGCCGUCAGGACGAUUCUCCGCCGCACGGACUUUGCGGUCUUAAAACCCCCGGUCCUAAGCGCACAAGUUGGUACCAGCUCUGGAAAUGAAUGUGGAAAUUAA